GUCUGGUAGCCUCGUGUUCUCUUAGCGCCAUCCGUUCGCCUCGCCUGGGUUCGUCAAUUCCAGACUCCCGAACUACUUUUCGGCCAACAGCCAACUUGGCGGGAGGGUUCCUAUGUUAUAUCGUCUUUGCCCCAAACAUUCCGUUCUUUCUCUUUCUUUAAGAUGCAGAAACUAUUCCUCUGCGGUGUCUGGCACACAAUCACAGGCAUUUGAUAUCCUCUUUCUUGGUCGGGACGAGUUCUCUUGCCUCGUAUUGGAAGAACUACAUCACGCGCCUGAUGUUUGGAGUACGAUUCAAAUAGCCACUCAACCAGACAUGAGAGUGGGACGACGGGGAUCGAAGCUCGCUAUCUCCCCGCUGAAGCUCCUUGGACAAGAUCUGAAGCUCCCAGUUCACACUAUUCCGCCGGACAAACCGUCAUUCCGAUACUGGAAGCUGCCGCCACCUUUCCUACCUUCAGCAACUCCAAACCCUUCACAUGUCCUGGUGACGGCCUCCUUUGGUCGCAUUCUGCCAAAAUCAAUGCUCGACAUCUUUGAUCCAUCGCGCAAACUUAACGUUCAUCCUUCGCUCUUACCUGCAUACAGGGGAGCUGCUCCGAUCCAUCAUACGAUCUUGAACGGAGAAAGGGAAACAGGUGUUUGCGUUAUUGAGAUGAUGGAACGUAAGAAGGGUAUUGACGCUGGUUCAAUAUGGGGGAAGAGUCAAAUGACAAUUCCUGAUGACUGCGACUUUGUAUCCCUUCGUGAUUCGCUAGGACGUGAGGGCGGAAAGCUUCUGGUGACGGUUCUGAGAGACAUGUUAGCUGGCAAGGCAACAGCCGUGCCUCAGGACCACAAUCUAGCCGCUCCGCGUGCACCAUUUGUUACGGGGCAGGAUGCUGUUGUUGACUUCCACACGAUGACUGCGCAAGAUAUCGUUCGACGGUGUCGUGCCAUUGCCCACCAAAAACCUUUGCACGCAUUUCUCCAGACCGGACGUUCACUCCAACUGCAUGGUGUAUCAAUGCUUGAUGCAGCAGCUCUCUCUGAACAUGUCCUUUCGCAGCUCAUGGAGCCUGGAUUUGCGACUUAUGACUCCUACUCACGGUCUCUCGUCGUUCGCUGUUCCGAUGGCUCUAUCCUACAAGCAAAACAGGUGAAGCAGCAAGAUCGGGCGCUAUUGAAUGCAAGGGAAUGGUGGAAUGGCGUCAGUCCAGACCUAAGGGCGAUUCGAGGCAGCGACAGUGGUCCGAUUAUUCUCAAUUCCGAUUCGAACAUCCCAUCAAACCCUUAUGAACCUCUCUUUGAACCGGCUCUACUAUCAUUUAUGGGGAUUUUCACGGUAUUUCAAUAAUCCUACUCCCAUACCAUGAAAAAUGCACCUUUGUCCAAAAUUUAUUUCGAUCAGAAUGAAUAUCUAAAUAUUACGCUGCAUAAUGCAUUCAGACGAUGAUCAAUGUGAGGUCGGAGUAGCGUAUACAGUAUUGUCGCACCAUGACUCAUCCUCUAUCGAGCUCUAUCUCUCGUGCUUCAGAUACCCGUCGUCUUCGUCACCUACAAACUCUUAGUAGCUCAUAGACAGCAGAUCAAUGGGCAUUAAGGUAUUAUUAACCGACGCCGAAGGCAUGAAUAACAGAAAGUGAUGGGC